AUCUCUAUUCUUCCAAACAGUAAUAGCCAGUAUGGUACAAAAACAAGUUCCGGCUUUUCUUUUCUUUGUUUUUAUUUUUUCAGGUCGAAUUUUCCGAUGAAUGAUUGUCACUUUCCGUAUUCGCAGCGUAUCCUGAUGUUCUCACCUCAGUUUCCUUUUGGGUUUGCUUAGUGGGAAGAUUAUUGCUCGCUAUAAGUGGUAUCCACUUGGUAUUUUGUGCGCACCUUGUUUCACUAGCUGUUGGAUUCUGCAACACUGAAGGGGAGUGUUUGUCAGCUGGAGUUUAGUUAACUGAAUUAUGCUAAGAAGUACAUAAUUCAGAUUCGAGUGAAACAAACUGAGACAGCCAUGAAGUUUAUGAAACUGGGAUCUCGUCCUGAUACUUUCUACAAUGCAGAAGCAGUAAGGUCAGUCUCUUCUGAAGUAUCCAGCGACCUAAUAAUCCAAGUGAAGGGAAGUAGGUAUCUUCUUCAUAAGUUUCCCCUACUGUCCAAGUGCUUGCGGCUGCAAAGAUUAUGCUUAGAAUCUCCUGACACUUCUCCACCCCAAAUAGUCCAACUUCCUGAUUUUCCUGGUGGGGUGGAGGCAUUUGAAUUGUGUGCCAAGUUCUGCUAUGGUAUUACCAUCACUCUAAGUGCCUACAAUGUUGUAGCUGUAAGAUGUGCUGCAGAAUACUUGCAGAUGACUGAGGAUGUGGAGAAGGGGAACUUGAUUUACAAGCUUGAGGUUUUCUUCAAUUCUUGCAUUCUUCAUGGUUGGAAGGACUCAAUUGCAGCUCUACAGAGCACCAAAGCAUUGCCAUUGUGGUCAGAGGACUUGGCAAUCACAAGCAGAUGCAUUGAAGCAAUUGCCUCAAAAGUCUUAAGUAACCCCUCCAAGGUGAGUUUGUCGCAGAGUCAUUCCCGAAGGGUCAGGGACGAUGUGUCUUGCAAUGGAACCGAAAUUCAGAGACAUAAAUCUGCAAGCAAAGGAUGGUGGGCCGAAGAUGUAGCAGAAUUGAGCAUAGACCUCUUUUGGAGAACCGUGAUAGCAAUUAAAUCAGGUGGGAAGGUGUCCUCAAAUCUCAUAGGUGAUGUACUUAAAAUUUAUGCAUCUCGAUGGCUACCUACUAUCUCAAAGAAUGGACAUAUCAAGAAAAAACAAGCAACUUCUAAUUCUGACCCAGACUUGGCUAAUGAAAUAACUUCAAAGCAUCGUCUGCUUUUGGAAUCACUAGUAAGUUUGCUUCCGGCAGAGAAAGGUGCUGUUUCUUGUAGCUUCCUUUUCAAACUCUUGAAGGCGGCCAAUAUUCUCAAUGCUUCUUCCUCUUCAAAGAUGGAAUUAGCUAGACGGGUAGGGCUUCAGUUGGAAGAUGCCUCAGUAAAUGAUCUUUUAAUACCUUCAGUAUCCUACGAUACUGAUACCUUGUAUGAUGUUGAGAUGGUGAUAACCAUAUUGGAACAGUUUAUGUUACAAGGGCAGAGCCCCCCAACUAGCCCUCCGAGAUCCAGGCUUGACUUUGACAGAAGAAGGUCUCGUUCAGCAGAAAAUAUUGGCUUAGAAUUUCAGGAGAGUAGGAGGUCGUCUUCAGCAUCUCAUAGCUCAAAACUUAAGGUAGCAAAGCUUGUGGACAGGUAUCUUCAGGAGGUGGCAAGAGAUGUGAAUUUGCCUUUGUCAAAGUUCACUGCGCUUGCUGAAACAAUACCAGACUUUGCAAGGCAUGACCAUGAUGAUCUCUACAGAGCCAUUGACAUUUAUCUGAAGGCUCAUCCAGAACUCAACAAGAGUGAAAGGAAAAGACUAUGCCGAAUCCUUGACUGCAAAAAACUGUCUAUGGAAGCCUGCAUGCAUGCAGCCCAGAAUGAGCUUCUUCCCCUAAGAGUAGUCGUCCAAGUUCUUUUCUUUGAGCAAGCUCGAGCCGCCGCGGCUGGUGGGAAAGUGACAGACUUGCCAAGCAACAUCAAGGCACUUCUUACUGCACAUGGCAUCGACUCAUCAAAGCAUACAGCACCAUUUAGUACUACUACAAGCGUACAUGCUGAGGAUCAAUGGAGUGUUUCGGGCUUCAAGUCACCAAAGUCUAGGACUUCAACUCUCAGGAUGAAGCUAGCUGAGGAUGAUGACUUAGAGGAAAAUGAAGGAAUUGGAAGAACUUCCAAGUUUAAGGGUUUCUGCGCUCUUCCUGCUCAACCCAGAAGAAUACUUAGCAAGUUAUGGUCCAACAGCAAAAGCUCCCCUGAGAAGAAAUGAGUGAGUUUUGUUAAUUUUCAGUUUAGGGAAUGGUACUUUGCAGGGUAACAUAGAACUCUACUUUCUCUCCUUCGCUAAAAUGCAUGCCAACUCUAGGGGGAUUAACAUGAAUAUCUCAGUGUGCAUUGUUGAUGUAACUUGUUCCAAUAAAAAUAUGAUUUUCUCCAACUGCAUAGGAAAAUCUCUUUGGUAAAUCUCGUGUAAAAAGCUGGUAUAGGAAUUGUAGGUGUAAGGGCCCAUUGUGGGGUCCAAUGCUGCUGUAUUUUGUCUACAUAUCUGAAACACACGUCUCUGUUCAUCCUUGGAUUCUGACUUUGUUGACAAAUCUUUUCCUGGGAUCUCUUGUCUGACAUAGUGCAAUAUUGUUGUAAUGUCAGUUUAUAUUUGGCUUAUCUGUUUAGAUUACACAGAUUAUCUGAUACUUGAUGAGAUGAUAUGGAAUUAUGGCCAA